CCGACUCGACUGCGCGGUCACAUUCCGCCCCGACUUCCCCUCUGCCAGCGGCCUGGUGCUUUGAGAUGAGUACAAGAUGUCGGUUUCGGGGCUAAAGGCCGAAUUGAAGUUUUUGGAGUCAAUCUUCGACCCAAACCACGAACGGUUCAGAAUAAUAGACUGGAAACCCGAUGAACUCAGCUGCCAAUUCAACGUAACAGGAGAGAAGCUGCUGAUCAUUCACUGCAACAUCACGGAAUCCUAUCCCUCAACACCCCCAAUAUGGUUUGUUGACUCUGAUGAUCCCAGUCUGGCAGAAGUGUUGGAGCGCUUAGAGGAUGUGAGAAAAGGCAGCACAUUGCUCCUUCAGCAGUUGAAGCGUCUCAUUUGUGAUCUCUGUCGGCUUUACAACCUGCCACAGCAUCCAGAUGUGGAAAUGCUGGACCAGCCUCUGCCUGCUGGCCCCAUUACCCAAGAGCGAAAGCAUGGGCCAUCAGAUGAGGUGACGUCUGAGGAGGAAGAAGAGGAAGAAAUGGGAGAGCAGGACAUUGACCUGGACCAAGACCUGGACCAUUACGACAUGAAAGAAGAGGAGCCAGUUGAUGGAAAGAAGUCAGAAGAUGACGGGAUCGAAAAAGAAAACCUGGCCAUCUUGGAGAAGAUUCGUAAAAACCAGAGACAGGAUCAUUUGAAUGGUGCAGUGUCUGGCUCUGUGCAAGCCUCAGACCGUCUAAUGAAGGAACUCAGGGAGAUCUACAGAUCACAGAGUUACAAGACAGGUAUUUAUUCAGUCGAACUAGUCAGUGACAGCCUUUAUGAAUGGCAUGUCAAGUUAAGGACGGUAGACCCAGAUAGUCCAUUACAUAGUGACUUACAGGUCUUAAAAGAAAAGGAAGGAGUGGACUACAUUCUGCUCAAUUUCUCUUAUAAAGAUAAUUUUCCUUUUGACCCACCUUUUGUACGGGUUGUCUCACCUGUGCUGUCCGGAGGUUAUGUUCUAGGAGGAGGGGCCUUGUGCAUGGAGCUUCUCACAAAACAGGGCUGGAGCAGUGCCUAUUCCAUAGAAUCUGUCAUUAUGCAGAUAAAUGCAACUCUGGUUAAAGGAAAAGCCAGGGUGCAGUUUGGAGCCAAUAAGAACCAGUACAAUCUUGCCAGAGCACAACAGUCGUACAAAUCCCUUGUGCAGAUUCAUGAAAAGAAUGGCUGGUACACACCACCUAAAGAGGACGGAUAAGGAGCUUCUACCACUAUGCACUGGGAACAUGUCUUUGGGUCAAAGUAUCUUGUUUUCUUUGGAAUAUUUUUCCCCCCCUCUGACUUUACUGGGGAUAUAUCAUCUUUCUCGCGGAAACCAUCUCGUUGGCUCAUCUGACAAGUAUUCCUUCGCCCCACUCUGGGAAAGACUUUAUUCUGGUAUCACUUGGCUUCUCCCCUCAGUGUUUUAGUGAGGAGGAUGACGUGAGGGUAUCACUAGUCCUGUUUUCUAAACAUGCUCAUUUGUCUUUAAAAAAAAAAAAGAACUUUUCUCCCUUUAAAAUUGGGGAAAUGCUUUUCUUUAGCUGCUUUGACAAAGUGGGCUUCACAGUCAGUUACCCCUCCUUUAAAUGGGAUUUUAACAGAAGAUUGAUUCUGAAGCUCUUGAUGUGGCACCUCACUGCACCUGUUUUUAUUGGCCACAAUUGUUUCCUCUUUCUUUCUUUUGGAAAUGAACAGGUACAUACAUGCAAAUAUUGUAGAAAUAUUAUUCAGCUGUUGCUUUUUUUAAUCAUUUGAGCAUCCUAGAAAAUAAACGAAUUUCAUAUUUUGGAGGCUUAUUUUUAAAUUAGGAAACCAAUCUACCAAUCUGUAUCUUUUAGCUCUUACUUUUUAAAAUAUGUGAAGAAUAUCGGGCCAAGCAGAAUCAAAAUGGUACAGUGUGGUCAAACUAAGAUUAGCCGUUGCCUGUGAACAAAUCCAACACUGGUUGACAGUAAAAUAGGGCCAAUGGACAUAAAAUAUCUCAGAAUUUGUGUGUUGCAUAUCCUGGGAAGAGGAUACAUAGAUUUUCACCUGAAAAUCAGAAGAGGCCCAUUACAGCAUCAUAUUGGAAGUUUUAACAGAUACAAUGAUGCUAAAGAGCUCUUUUGCCUAAUUUCUGUACACAACGGCCCUGCAAGCACUCAGUUUGGCAUUUGGUCUUUCUAUUGAUUAUAGCUGUAGAGGUUGAUGGCUGGUUUGAUGCUGAAAAUGAAGCUGUGUGUGCAAAGCUAACAUCAUGUUGCACAGUCUCCUGCUCUCAGCAGCUGUUAAAGGAUACCUAGAUUUGAUUACAGUUACUUUAAGCAGGAACAUAUUGGAUAUACAAAGGGUAUCAAUGAAGGGUGUUUGCAUUUGAUUUAUUUUAUAAUUUUGCCAAGUUUAGCAGCAAAUUUGUAUGUCAUAUCUUCCUGACAUGCAUCGAUUGUAGUGGUUUUGUCCUGCCCCAGUUUAGAUUUGAAACUGCUUCCCUGCUACUCAUUUCCUCUCUGCUGAUCUCUCAGUCAGCAGCUAAACAACCACCAUUUGCAGGGCUUCCUUUGCCACCACAACAUACCAUUUCUUUUGGCGUGUAACAAGAUGGAUCAUUCAGAACUGACAUGAAACUCUGUAUCAAACUCUACUUGCAAUAUACGUAGUACACCAUCACUACUGCAGUUCCCCGUACUACAGGGACACACACUGUAUCUAUCAAUCUGUCGGCUCUUUUGCAGUUUAUUUGUUAACACUGUCUGCAAAAGUAUGUUUGAAUGGCAACUCAGGUAACAAACAACACUUAGGAGGGGAAUCUGUACAUGUUCAUGAUGAGUUUGGGGUUAUUUUCUUGGAAUAAUUAACACUCUGUAUCGCUGACGUUUAGGAUUAUUCACCUACUGAUCUGAUCUGAUGUCAACAGAAGAUGGAAGAGUUUGACAAUAAUAUGGACCACAUGUUCCUUUUUAAUUAAAGCAAUUAAGAGUGAGGACAUUUACAGAAAGAUGCCAUUUUAACAGGAUUGCAGUAGCACGAGGGCCGUCCCAUGUAAUGAAUUACCAAUAGCCACUGUUGCUUUAUUUUCCACCCCAAGUACUGAAGUAGAUUUGAUUUCCAUGUGUAUUCUUUAAAUAUUCCUGAUAAAAAUAUUUGCACAACUGGCAGCAACAUGCCUGAAGAGGUCAAUUAUAACAAACACAUUCUGAGCGAAAGAUUUUAAAAUCAGGAAAAAAUGUUUUUUGUUUUCUUUUUUCUCAACUCGCAUCCUUUUGUUACAUGUCUGAUGAAGCUGAAGGGGGAGGAAUCAUCAGGCCUCAUUAUCGAGAAGUGUCCUCAUCUAAAGGGUGCGUGUUGUCGGGCCACCACUCUGGUCACAGGGGGAGACAGAGAUGAUUGGAGUUUGAUAUUCAUGCCGUGGUGAAUAGACUUGCACACUUCUCUAACUGGACUGUGUGGAAAAGAUUAAUUUCUAUCAACUGUCGAUUCAUUUUCUGGCACCAACAAAACAUGAUCAAGUCCGGCACCGUUGGCUAGCUUUGGUUUUCUUUUAUUUCUCAUUUUCCAUUUGAAGAAAUUUUGACCAUGUACAGUAAUUUGUAAACUUGCAUCAAGUUUAUGAAUAAAGAAUUUUAAGAUUA